AUGCCAGCUCAAGUAUCAGUCAACACAAAAGAGUACACCUUGAAUAACGGAACCAAGAUCCCAGCUGUCGGUUUGGGAACGUGGCAGUCUGAGGAUGGUGACGCUUACAAGGCAACACUUGUGGCAUUAAAGAACGGGUACCACCACAUUGACACAGUAUGUUAUUUCGUAUCAAGUCCCCAAGCCAACCGAGGGGGGGGGGGGGGGGCAUCCUUGUCAUUAUCGUCAUUAUGAAAACUGAAUGAAAAUACUGACACAAUUUCUUCUUUUUUAAAAAAUUUAGGCAUCGGCUUAUGGCAAUGAACAAGAUGUGGGACGCGGUAUCGCAGAAUCCGGGGUCAAGAGAGACGACGUGUUUGUCACUACCAAGAUCUGGAACGAUGCCCACAAGAACCCUGAAGAAUCGCUUGAUCAGUCCUUGGACAAGUUAGGCUUGGAGUACGUCGAUUUGCUUUUGAUUCACUGGCCCUUGUCGAUCGAUCCCGAGACGGAGAAACCUUACGAAGACUACGAUUUUGUAGACACUUGGAAAAAGUUGCAAAAAAUAUACAAGGAGGGCAAAAAGGUUAAAGCUAUUGGUGUGUCCAACUUCAACGUUAAGAAGUUGGAAACUUUGUUGAAUGCGGAAGGAGUUGAUGUUGUUCCUGCCAUCAACCAAGUUGAAGCUCACCCCUUGUUGACGCAGCCAGAGUUGGUGCAGUACUUGAAGUCCAAAAACAUUUACUUGACCGCGUACUCGCCACUCGGAUCCGGCGAAACCCAAUUGUUCAAGAACAAGGCGGUGGUUGACAUUGCCGAGAAGAACAAGGUAGACCCGGCGCAAGUGUUGGUAUCUUGGGCUGUUCAAAGAGACACCAUUGUGAUUCCCAAGUCGGUUACAGAGUCGAGAAUCAUUUUGAACAUCAAGACGUUUACCUUGUCUGAAGAGGAUUUCAGCGCUUUAAACAAUCUUGCAAAAGAACAAGGUGCCGUGAGAACAAACGAUCCAGAAUGGUUUGAUUUCAAUGCAUGA